GUUUUGAAUUUUACUGUUGAUGUUACAUUUAAAAAUCUUCUUCUGAAUUUCUCUAAUUAAAAUUAAAUUAUUAAUAUUGUAGUCUUAAAAUGGGGCUGGAUAUUAAUGAUUCAUGGCUUCUACAAAUAAAUGAGCAGUUAGAUGCGUUUCGUGCGAAAGUUGAUGAGAAAAUAGAAAAAGAACAACAACAGUUAAAAGCUUGCAAAAAGAAAACUGAAUUGGAAUCAAAGUUAGCUCAUGAAAUUAAGUUGAAUGCAGAACUGACAGAGCGUCUAGCUGAGUUGACGAGGCGAAGUGGGGAGUUGGAACGCGUGUGUGCUGCGUUUGAGUCCAAGUUGACCAUAGGGGACCGCGACCAGAACCGAUUGGACAAUGCUAAAGAGACAUACCAACUCGGCAAGGAGCUGACUGGUGUACGUUUUGAUUUCGUCGCGCCGCCGGACGUGGCCAAGGGGUAUAUAAAGAACUCGGCCCGUAAAAUUCUACAGCCGUUCUGCAUAGACACAAAGACUGAUGACAGCGAGAUUCUGUGGGGGAUGAUGCAGUGUGCUGACAAGGAGAACACUCCAAAUAAUCACAAUUAA